AUGUCGGGCUCGAUGGACAUCACCACUACGAGCGACAAUGCCGAAUCACCAGAUACUGCUACUGCAGCAGCGCCCACAAAGCCUUCGCUAAGGUUCGUGGACCAAGCCUUCACCCACCUGACUACACGCGAGCAGGACCUGGCCCGUGGCCCAUUGCUGUUAGGCUUUGGUGAUGGCUUUGGUGAUGGCCAAGAACAUGUUCAAGACCCUCAUCCCUCUCACCUGGGGUUGGAACUGGCAUCUGUGGUUUCAGCACACGAUCCAGCCAACGACAUCAUACCGCCUUCGCUGCAUUGGAGAGGGCCCCUGCCAUCAUCUGCUCAGGUCAUGACGGAGCCUACAAUAUCGCAAUCUGGUCGAUCGCUGUCGUUGCCAUCCGGAAGUGUAUCGCAUGAAACCGUUUACCAUCCUAGACAACAAAUGAUGUUUCCAGGGAACCAAAACAGCGCGGCCCUUCCACUUGCCUGGCAUUACGAAUUCUCGUGGAAGAAUUCCCGUCUCUGUUUCGGUUCAACACCAAUCGAGAUUGUUGAGGCGCUGGAGGCCCAAUCUUCCGAUGCCAACCCGGCUUCAGAAUCUAGAUUUUCUGCUUCUCAGGCGUCGUUUUCUAGGUUACUGGCCGAAUCUGAUCCCCUUAGCACUGCUGGUAUCGGAGGCUUUUGCAGUUCAGCUGAGGUUCGACCUACACUCUCCAUUCCUGAAGACUUUGAGGUGUCGUCGAUAAAUUCCUCGGAUUUCUGUUAUGGCUCCGAAUUUGACGAAAUCAUGGUAGAUGACUACAUUCCAAAAUCUUCAGAUCCAGGAGUAGCCAUAGCUAUGGAGAAUAAAGCUCAAUGGUUAGCGGAAUUACUCUUCGACGACUUCAUCAGGUCUUAUGCGCCGCAACAAUCACGAAAACAGACUGCUGCAACAAAACACCAGGACCUAUCCAGCGAGCCUAGCAACAAAGCACAAAGAUUCGCCGGAGAUCGCGGACAUGUAAAGAAAUCCCGCAAUUCGAGAGCUGCUGGUAGAAACGAGGGGAGUGGGGAUGAGACUUCUGACGAUGAUGGGCAGGGUCCAUCACCUGCUGCAAAGUCCAAUGACUCCAAGUAUCUUGCUUGCCCUUUUCUUAAGUGGAAUCCGAUUGAGUAUGCGGCAACUUGCAGUCUAAAGUUCAAGCAAAUUAGAUAUGUAAAGAGGCAUAUCAUAGGAAAGCACCAGCGAGAUUACUGCCCCGAUUGCGAGAUGAUCUAUGAAGAGACAGACAUCCAAACUCAUGUAUGCGACCCGAACCGCAUACGCCCUUAUGACCUCUUGACGAAAGAAAAGAUCUCAGCAAUUGAAAAGAUACGAGGGUCUGAGGUUGAGUGGAAAAAAAGGUUGCGGUGGUAUGAAAUUUAUGAAAUCAUUUUCCCGAAUCAACCGCGCUGUUUCAGUCCAUAUUUCAACAAAGAGGCGGACAGGAGUUUGUUCAAUAUGGAACGAUAUUUUCGCCUUCCCAAGGUACGUGAAAGGAUGGAGUCUCAGGCACAUGCAUACCAUGUCAGGGGAAAUUUCCUCAGGCUGCUUUUUGCUGUCAUCUUUCCAGAUCUCUGGGAAGGAUAUGGUAUAAACGACGAGGGGGAGCCUUACAUGAUCCACGAUAAGGAACCCGCAGCGCGGCAUGCCCAGCCAAGCAAGACGGUGAGUUUCGGUGAGCAUGACAUGAUCAUCUCACAUGAUACCAGCAGCAACACAUCACAACGUCCUUAUGGAGGAGUGGAUAUGCCCCAAUCCUGCACUGUUACGGGGUCUACGGACUAUUCUGCAUCUAUGCCAGGCAUCUUUCCAGCUCAAGAGCAAAGUGAGAACAUUAACAGUGAUUUCUUCCCCGACUUGACUUACUCUGGAGAGUUUUCUGAUCCAGCUAGGCGUGGUCUUAUGGGGAUUUGUGGGAGUGGCAGUUGGGAGAUGCUACCGGGUCAGAACUUCACAGACCCUUCUUGGUCCGCAGGGUUUGAGGUUGGGUCGGAUCUGAUGUCGGAGUCGUAA